GUUCCGUCAACUUCCGGUCUGGUUUGUUUACUAGUGGCUAAUAAUAUGGCGCCAACUACGAAAGUAUUACAAGUUAAGGUGAUGAGUAGAGUAAAGUUUGGCUCAUGUUGUUGUGCUGUGGGAUGCAGCUUGACCUCCGGGACAAAUAACUUGUCGAAAAUUAAAAUGUUUCGUUUUCCAAAAGACGAGGGGAGACGGCGAGCGUGGAUCGCCGCUGUGCAAAGGGACGGUUGGCUUCCAGGCAAAAGUGCACGGAUCUGUAGCACUCACUUCAUUACAGGUGCGCCAUCAGUGGACCCAUGCCAUCAAGACCAUGUUCCACCAUUGUUCACACACAAAACCCCCACAAAUGUUUCACAGAAGUUGGAGCAAUACCAGAGGAGACAGAGUCAAACGCCUGUGCUUUCCACUGAUGUGGAGUCCAUUGAUUCACCUUCCUUAGAAAUCAUCCAUACUGACCCUAAAGAACGAUGCACUGCUGUGGGUACAGAUCUGUCAAUGGCAGACAAGCUACAAAAUGAAAACUUAGAAUUAAAAAGGAAAAUGGCUUCACUGGAGAAGAAUCUGGAAUCUGUAGAGAAACGACUACACGAUCAUAUGUUUGCCAGUGUGUCUGAUUUUAUUGUAAAUAAUGACAAGCACACACAUUUUUACACAGGUCUACCAUCUGCUGCUGUGUUUUAUACCCUCCUCACUUACCUGACAUCUAUCUGGAAUGCAUCAUCCACCAUACACUGUAAAAAAUAUUUUUGUGAUUAAGUUUUCUCAACUUAUUCUUUUAUGUGGACAUAACUAAAUUGUUUUAAUUGUUCACUUGACAAUACAUUUUAAGUUCAUUCAACUUUCAGGACAAAUAAACAAGUAUAACUGUUGUUUUAACUGAAAAAUGCAAGUUCUAACAACUACAGUUUUUUUGUUUAUUUUACUAACUUUGAAAAGUGUAGCUGACAAAUU